AUGACGUCGCCCGGCCUUACUGGCGUCUAUCCGGCGUGGCCCGUCUCGCCGGCCAGCAGCGCUGCUCUGCUCUGCAACCUGUCGAAUCGUGGACUCGGCCUGAACGGCUUCGACUCGCCAGCGGGUCAACACCUCUUGUCCGCCUACCAAACGCCGACUGCCGGCACAAACCUUCUGCCGGCCAGCUUCUCUCCUGCUCAAACAACGGUCUCCCUCGCCCUUCGAUCCCAUGCCAACGAGGCUCCCAACACCGGCAAGUUGCUACAUCAGCCCAACAACUUGGCGACGUCGGCGUCAGACCAUUUGCCGACCAGCGGACUGCACUUCUUCUCCACAGACACAACAGACUUACAGAACGGCCUACAUCCGUCGCGAGCGCACGCAUUUGGCCCGGAGCAUCAACAGGCUCGCGCUUCCGGAUCCCUAUUCGAGUGUGCGUUUCAUAAUCUGGACGUCAGUGAUGCGUUGAUCUCACAUUCUCACUAA